AAACUACAACUAAAACUAAGCCACUUGACUUUACAGAUAGCUUGGAAACUAACACAACCAAGGAAGAAAUCUCUAUUCCACCAACAAAGAUAGCUAACGAAAAAGGAAACUCUUCAAACCAAGAUUAUAUCACAGAAAAAAUCAAGGACAACAACUCAAAUUUAGUACAAAAGACAAACACCUCAUCUUCUAAUUCAAAACUUUCUGAUCCAGAAGGUGAAACUGUAACAGCAGAUAUACAGAAAAACAAAAAAAGAAAGAGUAAGAAAGGAACACAUGAGAAUGAUAUAGUAAUAACAGAGGCAACCACCCCUGGACAAGGUUCCUCUUCUCAUUAG